AUGGCUGCGGGAAAAGGAACUGUGAAAUCCGUCUCACUGUGGGACAACAUGCGGAUACGAUUCAUCGUCUGCUUCCUUGGAGUCUUCGUGUGUUACUUUUACUACGGUAUAUUACAGGAGACAAUGUAAGUCACUGUUUUACUAGUUACCCCGUUACAGAUGUUGUCCUUUCAAGACCCAAACUCCGUUCAAAAAUCUGCACAUUUGAAAGUGGGAAACAUGUCAACAGCUACCCCAUCAACAGGAGACAUUCUCCGAUUUAAUACAACUGAAGUUUAUUUGUAAGAAAGUAGAGACUGUGUCAAAGUUAAACUAAUUUCAGGUCGUGUAAGUGUGUGAUAUUACCGUAUACCAAUAUGUAACCAGAUCUGAGUUUAAAUUGUUGAAUUUUUGAAAGAGGUUUGGUGUGACAAACAGAAACAGAAAACUGGUUCAUAUCCCCUUGAAAAGCUGGUCCUUGUGAACUUCAUUGUUAUGAUAUAAGCUCCUCAACUGUCUGCCAUAAUUAUCACCUUUCACUUUUUGCCUAAAAGUCCAACCACCAUGCAACUUGAAAACUUAGAGUGAGUGACAGAAGCAAUAUGAUCUCUGCUUUUAUGUCAUACCACAUGCUAAGCUGUGACACAGUUGGUAUGUUGUUGUAUAUGUCACUCAGUUGGCAGGAGUCAUAUCAUUUUCAGAAAGCGAUAAUUUAGUGCCGCAAUAGCUUUAAUCUUAAAUCUGAAUUAUUGUCUCUAUUGUUUUGCCAUUGACAAUGCUUUCUACAAAUCCUGUGUUUACUUUCCCAAUGAUGUAAGUGCAGUGAGCAAUACAGCAGCUUAAAAUUAGCACCCCACCCUGUCUGUUGUAAUUUAAUGCAUGCUGUCUGGUGGGCCUUUUCAUAGCAUGGAGACUUGUGAAAGCACUCCACUCUCUGAAACAUGUUUCUGCCAGGAAGACUGCUUAAGUUUCCCAUUUAUUCUUUGCCGUAUGUGAAGCUAACACAAAGUUUCUUUUUUUUACAUUUGCAGCACUAGAGGUGAUUAUGGUCAGGGUGACAAAAAAGAGAAGUUCAGAUUUGCUCGGACGUUAGUCCUGAUCCAGUGCAUUAUCAGCUCCCUGUUUGCUAAGAUCUGUAAGUACAACUAAACAUGUUUCUGAGUUUUUUAAACUAUCAGGCAAUCUCUUAGGACCGUCUUGAUAAAUAUUUUUAUGCCACUGUUCUUAAUCUAGAUGUAGAAGUAGGACUUUGAUGUGUACAUUAGACACUCCAGACAUCCAGUUACAUUAUGUCACUUAAAUUCAAGACAUUGAUGCCUCACCUUUAAUAAAAUCUGUCUCUUCAUCUACAGUGAUCCAGUUUUUUGAGGGUACCAAGCCAGAUACCACCAAGAGCUGGCUUUAUGCAGCGUGUUCUCUUUCUUAUCUUGGAGCCAUGGUGUCCAGUAACUCAGCCCUUUUAUAUGUCAACUACCCUACUCAGGUGAACCUGCCUUUAUAGAAUUUACUUGCAUCAAUUCUUGUGACAAUAAUAACACUGAAUAAUAUUAUAUCCUAAAGCACUUUUUCUUUGCUAGGUGUUGGGAAAAUCUUGCAAGCCUAUACCAGGUGAGUGAAGUCCCUCACCUAUUUUUUUUAGGGACCAUCAAAUAAGUCUUGCGUUUAAUGAAAAAAAUAGAGUAACAGCCCAGGUAGAUGUACUAAACUACUCUCUGUGGAGAGGUGAUCCCAUUUUUGUUGCAGUCCUUGUUUUUUCAGUGAUAACUACAGGUUUCAUGCGUCUGUCCUUGAUGUGUGUAAAUAUUAGCAUAGUCAGAAUUUACCAGGUGCUGUAAAAUAACAUGCUGUGUGUAUGUUAUGACAAGUAAGAGGGAUCCUGCUAUCUGUCCAAACUGUUCAGGGACACACUGAGUAAGCAAAUGUGCAAAGAGGGGAGCCUAUAGGGCGGGUCACAGUAUGUUCUGUUUCAACUUGUUGGUUAUCUCCAGUUACACAUACUUUAACACACACGCUCACACACUUUGGCUAUCCAUAUUUUUCCACUCUCAGCGAUGUAGACCUGACAUGGCAUCCAGGGUAGGAUUAACUCACAUCUGUAAUAUGUCAGGGUGGUAACCAUGGCUACAAACCAUCCAUCAUGCCAAUGUUGUGUUGUUGCAGUGAUGAUCCUUGGUGUGACAAUACUAAGGAAAAAGUACCCGCUGGCUAAGUACCUGUGUGUGCUGCUUAUUGUGAGCGGUGUUGCUCUGUUCCUCUACAAACCAAACAAGAGCUCAGCUGUUACAGAUGAUCAUGUGUUUGGGUUUGGAGAGAUUCUUUUGGUAAGUUCACACGCCUUCAUGUCCCAUCCAUUGCACUUGUAACACAUUUAUUAUCACACACUUUCUCUCCACAGCAGCGGUAAUUACCAAUAAAUUUGUCUCAUGGCUCUGUGUUCUGCUGCAUCAUAGCUGGUCUCUCUGACAUUGGAUGGUCUGACCGGUGUGGCCCAGGACCACAUGAGGGCCCGCUUCCAGACCAGUGCCAACCACAUGAUGCUGAACAUCAACUUGUGGUCCACACUGGUGCUGGGAUCAGGUGAGUCAGCUGUGCUUUCUGCCAAACCCCGGUCUACCUCAACAUGUUCCUGCAGCAAGGCUGCUCACUGAUUGGCUCCUGGCAGUCCGAGAGGAACAACUAAUGAGGAAACUCACCUUGAUAAAGUUCAGUACUGCCAAAAAUGGAGACAAAAGCUGGAGCACUGGAUUUCCUCUCAGAAAGCUUUGCCUGAAUAAGUCCCCCCAAAUGUUCAAAUGCAUUAAACUGGUGCAUUAAUGACCCCUGUCACCCCAUAUGGCUAAUUACAUGACUGCAGGCUAUGCCAAAAAUGGUUUUAUUUUAAAUAUAAACAUUUAUUUUUGUCUGCACUUCUUGUGCAAGACCAAAGCAAAGUCUUACUUAUACAUAUACAAAUUAUAUUAAUAAUAAUUAUUAUUUAUAGUUAUACAUUUGAAACACUGAAAAUAAUCUGAUUUUGCUUCUAAAGGGAUGAAGUUCAAGGUAUCUCUACUGCUUAUACUCAGUGGUCUAGAUUUUUAAUAUAUCAAGCAUUUAUUGACGUUUUCUUUCCUCUUUUACUUUUCUAAAUUUGCAUUAGGAUGUUGUUACUGUGGCAAACUUAUAACUGACCAAUGUCAGUGAUUCACAAGAAAAUGUGUUUCUUUUUGGGGUUGUUAACACAAAAAAAUUCUCAACUUAACUGAUCUACAGACUUAGAUCAAGUAAUAUGUCUUGAAUACAGGGUUAAGGCCUUUUUGACCAAGCUGUCUUUGACAUUCUUCUUGGUUUGUAUUAUGAAAUACAGAAAAAAAGCUUCUGUGAUGCUGUUACUUCUUACUUACAAUCAAAAUGAAUAAGAAAUCUAAACAAAAGUCAUUACCACCUGUACUGGAGGCUCUUGAAGAAAACGUGAGCUGAAGUCUCUCAGGAGCAAAAACUCAUUAAAUCAGAGGAGGCGAAAGUGUUCAGUGUUAUCUCUAAAGAUAAGGAAUGCUGCAGCUCAAAGCGCUCAGUUCUGAGUGGAGGUUGCUAUUAUAUGCUGAAGACUUAGGGGCAUAAAACAAGCGCAGUCUAACGAGGUGCUUUCUAAUGUAAGGUGCUAAUGGGCUUAAAGAUACGAUCAAAAGGUCAGAGCAUAUAUGAUAACUGAGAGACUGUUAUCUGUCUAAGAACUGAUUAAUUGGCUGUGUCUUUUACCUCUUAAAUGGUGUCUGUCUCUCCUUCGCAUCUGCUUUCAACUCAAAAGACUGUCACAAAAAAAAAUCACAUUUGUUUUUAGGAAAACUCUGAGUAAGACUGCUUUAGAAUCUCUUCAGACUUCUCUAGAGCUAGAUACUCCUGCCAUCCUUGUAACUCUUCUACCUUCGAUCGCUUUGAAGUGCUGUUAUUUCCCAAGAUAGGAAGGUAUUCUUGUACCUUCACUCCCACAAAUUAAUGACGCCCCCAUGCCAAGGUUUUCAUCUAACUGCUGUUAAAGUGUUCCACCACUUGGUGGUGCUAUGUAACUACACUGUGAACAAUAUGAUCUUAUUAUCACUACAUAUCUGUGCUUAAGAGAAGGAAAAUAGAUAUACAGUAUAUGAGAGAAUGCUCAAUCAUAGACAUAAACUUUAUUCUCUUCUUCCUCUCUGCUCUCAGUCGUAUUGUGGACAGGAGAAGUCUGGGAUUUCUUUAGUUUCACUGAACGCCACCCAAGCAUCCUCUACAACAUUCUUCUGUUUGGACUGACCAGUUCUUUAGGCCAGGUGGGUGGUUUAGUGACAGUACUCCAACUGGAAAGUGCAUCGAAAGCUUCCUGAAAUGGUACAACUUAACAUCUUAACUAUUUUUUUUGUUUUAAAUGACUUAACCAACAGACUUUCAUCUUCAUGACGGUGGUGUACUUUGGACCCCUGACCUGCUCCAUCGUCACCACCACCAGGAAGUUCUUCACCAUCCUCGGCUCAGUUAUCCUAUUUGGAAACGUCAUGAGUACGAUGCAGUGGGUUGGCACCAUCUUGGUGUUCCUCGGUGAGGGCUCAGUCUGGUUUCACACACUCUGAUUUUAUUUUUCUCCCCUCUCCCUGUGCUUUUACUGCAAAGACCAUGCAUGAUUCUUAUUGAUGCUUCUGCAAAGUUGAUGUCCAUAAUGGUACAGCCCUACUUCAUGCAUUCGUAAUAAAACAAACUAACAAAAAACAAAAGAAAAGAAAAAAAAAAACAGUUAGGUUCAAAAGGGGGAAAACUUUGGCUUCCCAUGCAAACUACUUAUAAAUGCAUAAAAGAGUAUCUGAAGCUGAGGUCAUAAAUGCAACUCGAUGUUGGGAUACAGUUUAUGGUUAAAUUUGUGAGUGCAAAAGGAUUUCUGUUCAAAUGAUGAUUUGUGUUCAUGUCUUUGGUUUUCUCUCUGUAGGUCUUGGACUUGAUGCUAAAUAUGGCAAAGCCCCCAAAAAGACAACACAUUAA